GUGCACUAUUUAGAAUCAAACACAACCCGAGCUCCGUAAAGAGAUCGCCCGACAUGUAAAUGAAUGGCUAGUCCUACACCACACGUCCUGACGUCAGCUAGUAGCACGGAGGAGUCGGGAGAGGAGGCGAGGAGAGAGGGAGGUGGGAGAGAGAAGGAAGAACUGAUAGGGAAGAUACUGGAGCUCCAGAACACCCUCCACGACCUCACUCAGAGAGUCAACUCAGUGAAAGAGGAGAACUCAAAACUGAAGUCAGAGAAUGAGGUUCUGAACCAGUAUAUCGAGAACCUCAUGGCCACCUCAGGCAGUUUCAAAUCAUCUGACGGGAAAAAAUAAAGAUCCACCUCACCAACCUAACACUGCAUUCUCACACAAUUUUUUAUUUCAUUUCCACAAGUAUUUUCAAAAUAAUGAUAGAGUGUGUCUGAUAAAUGAGGGGCACUUGGGGCCUGGCACACAGGCAAAGCCUAGAGCUAAAGUGACUCCUAAUAGUAGUAGGGUAUGAGGUCAGGUUGGCUUGUAUAUAGCAGGUCAAGUGUGAAUGACUCGACUCAACUUCUGUACUCUGUUCAACAGCAAAUCUCCCUGCUUGAUGGUAGACUGGGGGAG